CUAAAUACAAAUUGCACCGGGGUCUUUCUACAACUACACUAGGUGACGUGGGAAAGACUUGUUCUGCUAAAAGUAACAAAUACAUGUUUAACGCUAUUGAUAAAGCUGUAGGGCGACAAAACCAACACUUUAAACCUAAACGCCGUUUGUCGCGUGUGCUCUACGAACACUCUACGAGCACCUGUCGAUGCGGCGAGGAUCUUUGUUUACGUUUAGCUAGCCUCGCUAUGCUAGCUAGUUUGCCACUCUCUGUUGUAGUCACAGAUGAUUGAGACGUAGCGGUUUGUUAGUUGUCGGUAUAUAUAUUUUUACUUUACCCAGAGAGUCACAGAAGUUGUGAGAUGUUGCUCGAGCAACUGAAAGCUAAACCCCGGCAAGUCGAAACGAGUUGUUGAUUAGCUGGAGGUCGACAUGCACUCGUCAUUGACAACGAGGAGAGUCUAACCAAAGAUGUGGUCCGACUGACGAAUCUCACUUCGACCGGCGGAGCAGCACCUGUGAAGUGUGGAGCAGAAACGGAGUCAGUAGACAUGGAGUCCCACUCUUUGAGGAAAAGGUCAGGCUGUGUGCGUCAGGAGAACGCACACAGCCUGACCAUGCAGGAUGAGCAGCUCAUCAGUGACCUCGAUGCCAUGCAGUAUGAAUUGGUGACCUCCAAGUCUCAGUUCCACCUCAGAGGCCCCAGGGUCGGGGUUGAAAGCAGUUUGGCAGUCAUGAGUGUGCACAUUCGUCAACUUGAAGCAGAACUGGAGCAACAAGCCAAGGAACUGAAGACAGCAGAGCUGAGGGCUGAGUGCAGCCAGGAAGCAGCGGGCCACAAUGACAUUAUGUUGGCAACUCUCACCGAAGAGCUGAGUACACUCAGAGAUGAACUGGACAACAAGACUGCACUAGGAAAACGGGCUGAGCAACAAAGGAACCAGGCUCUUGAAAAUGCAGAGAAACUCAAAGAAGCUUUCAAAGAUUACAAGGCCACAAUAUCGGUGAAACUCAAGAGGGUGAUGGAGAGUGAGAGCAAACUCAAAGAGAGUCUCAGUGAGUGUGACAGAGAAAAAGAAGAGGUGGGGAUGAAGUGCACUACGUUGCAGAGAGAAAAUGCAGAACAGAGCCAAACCAUCAGUGAGCUGAGGGAGGAGGUGAGGGAGGCCAAGUGUUUGGCUGCCGAGCGCUCAGACCUCCAGACUCAGCUGGAGGAGGCUAGGCGACGGGCCUCGCUUCUGGAACGCCAGUUCGCGGAGAGCAGGGAGUCGGCCUCCCUGCGCAGGGAGCUGGAAGACCUGCGGACUCUGACCCUGAACCAAGAACAGAGGGUUGCCCAGAGCCACAGAGAGGCUCAGCAGAGCCAGGCAGAGCUGUCGAGUCUCGAAGCCACACUGGCUUUGCUGCAUCUGCGAGAGGCGGCCUUGGGUCCACUUUGUGCCAAGCCCUGCAUACUGCCCCCAGUGGACUAUUUAGGAACUGCACACCUGCUGAAGCUAAAGCCAGGUGAAGGUUACCAGCAGCUGUUGCGGGUGCUGCAGUCGACAGAGGCUGAGCGAACGAAACAGAGCAGCCUGGUCGAGCGGCUUCAGGAUCGUUUGAGCAGAGCCCAGGAGGAGAUCUCAUCCCUGCAGAGCUCCAUGGCCCAGAGAGCCUCCCACUACCAAAGCCUCCACACAGAGCUGCUGGACAAAGUCAGCCAAGCUACUGAUACGGAGAAAGAGUUGAAGAGAAAAGGUGCACGUGUGGCUGCCCUGGAGAAACAGUUACAGGAGAAAACUUCAGCCUACAGUCAGGCUGCACUGAAAAACACUGAGCUGGAGAAUCAGCUACUGGAGAAGACCAGCACUCUUCAACAUUACCAGUCACUGAUGACCAAAAGGCAAAGAGACUAUCAACAGUCUUUGGACAGGUGCAAGAGAUCACAGUCUGAACAAUGCACGGAGCAACAGCACAGAAUAGAAAUGUUGCAGCUGUCUGUAGAGGAAGCUCAGUCUCGAGCGUCAGCGAUGGAGCAGGAGCUUUGUUUAUGCCAGAGGGAGAGAGACGAGGCUCAGGAAGCAGCUCUGUUGCUGCAGACGGCUGUGGAACAGCUCACACAAGAGAAGCAGAUUGAUGUCCGACACAGUGACGAGUUGCUGCAGAGUUUCAAAGAGCAGGCAGCUCAGUCUGCCACCAAGGUGUGUGAGCUUCAGUCGUCUCUGUCAGCGUGUAGAGAAGAGCUGACCUCAUACCUGCAGCAGAUGGAGGAAAUUAAGAGGAACUAUGAGAGUGAGCUGCAAAAGAGUAAUGACAAGAUGUCCUCGCUGCAGGAGAAGCUCCACAGCACCAGCCUGGCUUGUCAGAGAUCCAGCGAGCAGAACCUGCAGCUGCAGCUUUCUCUCCAGCAGCAGCAGACCAUGUUGACUGAGAGCACCCACCGCAUCGCCGACCUGGAGGAGAGCCAGUGUCAGCUGCAGGGACAAGUGUCCUGUCUGGAGCAGCAGCUGGAACGAGCGCGGUCCUCUCUGGAGGAGGAGGUGAGGAACAGGAAGGAGGACGUCCAGGAGAGAGACACGGAGCUGCAGAAGGUGAACCAGCAGAUCAACCAACUGUCCGAGUCCGUCACCAAUGUGUCAUCAGAGAUGAUGAAGUGUCGAGGGGAGCUGGUGUUUAAAGAGUCAGAGCUGCAACGUCUGAAGAGGGACGUCUCCGGAAAGACAAUUCAGAUCACCUGCAUGGAGGAGAAGCUGCAAAAAACCAGGAACAACCUUGCCAGCAAGUGUGACCAGGUCGUGGAUCUGGAGGAGAAGCUCCAUCGCUGCGAGGCAGACCAGCUCAACUCUGUGCAGAGGCUCCGGAUCCUGGAGGAGCAACUGCAGACGGUGCGGGGAGAGUUGGCUGAAACGCUGCAGCAGCUACUGAAACUCAAGGACAUUCUGCAGAUGACACAAAACCUUGCAGAUGAGCGGCAGGCCUCAGUGGAAAGACUGACUGUCCAUCUUAGUGAGACCCAGAGGGAGUUGGAAGAGAGAACUCACGAGGUCUUGGACAUGGACAAUGCACUGAAGGAGAGACAGGGGGAGCUCCAACAGAGAGCACAGCUGCUGGGCCAGCUGGACGUGGCAAUCAGGCAGCACAAGCAGGAGAUGGAGAGGAAGGUGGAGUCUCUGCAGCAGAGCCUUGGAACCAGAGAGCGAGAGCUGAGCGAAGCACAGAGGGAGCUCACAGACAGAAACAUGAAGGAGUCACAGGAGCUCAGCCAGCGGCUGUGUGUGUGUCAACAAAAAGUUCAGACUGUACUGCAGGAGCUCGAAGAAACUCGACUUCACUGUGAGGCUUUGACCAGAGAGCUGGACGCCACCAAGCUGCAGACCAAGGAGAAGGACGUCCAGCUGUGCGGUGUGGAGGAGGUGCUGGCUCUGAAGGAGUCCCAGUGGCUGCAGUCGGAGGCCGGGCUGCAGUCCACAGUCGCCUCUCUAGAGCAGCAGCUGGAGCAGGAGAGGGAGCAGCACAGCAAGGAGAGCUUACCUGGCUACAUCAAAAUGGAAUGGAAUAUAUUUUCUAUUAGAGCAGCACAUCAGAAGUCAAACACAUAUCAGCCACUGGAGUCCCUGCAGCAGACUCGAGGUCAGCUCCUCAAAGUGUCUGAGCAGAUCUCCUCCACCAUGCGCUCCUCCCAGGAGCAACUCAACGCUAAGCUUCACCAGAGCCAGACCCAGCUCGAGCAAGCCAAAGCUCUCCUAGACCGCACCAAGGCGGAGUUGGAACAAACCCAGAACCAAGCCAGUCGCCUGCAAAUGCAGUUAGACCAGAGCCAGAGCCAGCUCUUUCAGAGUAAAACCCAGCUGGAACAAAGCCGGGUUCUGUACGAGCAGACCAGAGCCCAGAACAGUGACCUCCAGGCUCAGCUGGAGCUGCUCAGCGGCCAUUUAAAUCAAGCCCGGGUCCAGUCUGCUCAGCUCCAGGCUCAGCUGCUCGCCUGCGAGAAGUCCAUGGAGACGUCCAACGAGUCCAUGCUCAUCAAGGAGUCUGCGGUGACCCAUCUCCGUGCCAGGAUCUCUAGUCUGGUGCAAGCUGCUGACCGCCACAAUCUUUACAAUCACACACUCUCUCACCCAGCUCUAGCCAAAUCCACACACUCCCCAGAGGAUUCCCCCUCCGCUCCCUCCCCUCCCUCGUCCCCCGAGAAGGCUCAAACAACCAUCCGCUCUCUGACACACGCUCAGUCAACCUGUCUCAACUCCCCGACAUGCACACGGAGUUGCUCAUCAUCCGACGCUCAACCAAACCUUCAGCACACCUCGGCCACUCGCCUAUCUGAAACUCACGACUGGCUGCAGAGUAGCAGCAUUGACUCCUCCCUGGACCUCCCUCUGAGCCUGAAGGCAACACUAAGGGAGGCGCUUAACAAGCAGCCGUGGGAGUCCUCCUCAUCCUCCUCCAUGUCCCCUUUCCCGUGUGACGGCUGGCAGGGCCUCAGCACCACAGAGGCCUCGGCAACCUCUGACCUCUCCUUCAACCCCCUCACAUACAUGGUGGACAAACAAGAGGAUGGAAACACGGAGGCAGCCUCGGUACAGGAGGAAGACGGUGACGAGUUGGGCGAGUCCAGGAGGGAGUCGGUGGGCACUCUGGUGGGUGAGGAAGAGGAGGCGGAUAUGAGUUCACUGACAGGGAUGCUGAGGUUUGUUAAUCAGACGUUAGCCAUGCAGGAAGACCCUUCUCUAUGGAGCUCCACAGGACUAUCGCAGACAUGAAAUGCAGCCUCAUGCACAGCAAAAAUGCCAAAUAUUCACCGGUUCCUGCUUCUCUAAUACGAUCAUGUAGGUCCCCUUGGUCCACUAAAACAGCUCUGACCCGUCGGAGAAGGGACACAGGACCUGUGGGGUUGUCCUGUGGUGUUGGCAUUGGUAGUGGAUCCUGUGGGUCCUGUGGGUUUUGUGGCUGGGGGCCUCCAUGGAUCUGUUUUCUUUGUGCAUGCUGCAUGCUUGAUCGGAUAUGGAUCUGGGAACUUUGGAGGACUGUUUCCGAGUACUUUUUGCAGUGUAGCUGGACACAUUGUCCUGCAGCCACGGGGGUGGGAGGGGGGUCUCCUAGGCAUCUGUUUAGGUGGUUGGUUUGUGUCAUAGUAACACCCAGACGAAGGCUAGGAUGCAUUGUGGAUGCUAGUUGUGUUUAAAGUUGCUUAAAAAAUGUUGGUGUCAGAUUUCAAGUAUUUUUCAAAUGUAGCUGAACUCUGAGUGGUGCACACAGAUACAUGAUAUCAUCUUUUUUUCCCAACUUAGACCCUAAAGUGUCGAGAAACCCCCUAAGACAGUUCCAAAUGAAGCAGGAAAUUGUGCGUUCACGUUGGACUCAUAGGACUCAUCAUCAUCAUUAUCCUCAUCAUCAAGGAGAUGUCAGAGAGGGGGAGCACUGUUUGCUCUGUUUUCAUCCUUGUGCGUCUGUAAAUAUUGUAAUAUUUUUUCUCUUUAUUAAAGAUAAAUUAUCUGUCCAGUUUAGACGACCACUACGGUUCCAGUCUGUAAAUGAUCUACUGUGAUGUUGUUUCAUACAAAAAUUACAAUUUGCAUUCCAUGGUGUGUCUUUUCCUUAACAAUAUUUAUAGAUAUUUUUACCAAUUUUAAAAAAGUGAAUAAAAUGUUCUUUUUAAUAUA